AUGCCGGAAAGCGAUAAUUAUGAGGUUUUGGAGAAGAUAGGCCACGGCUCCUUCGGCGUCAUCCGAAAGGUGCGCCGCAAGUCCGAUGGCAUGGUCGUCUGCCGAAAAGAAAUCAGCUACCUCAAGAUGUCGCAAAAGGAGCGUGAGCAACUGCACGCCGAGUUCCAGAUCCUCUCCACUCUGCACCACGAAAACAUUGUCGGGUACUUCCACCGCGAACACCUCAAGUCAUCACAAGAUCUCUACCUGUACAUGGAGUACUGCGGAAACGGUGACCUGGGACGGGUGAUACGGGAUCUUCAGGCUAAGAACCAGUAUGCCGAGGAGUCUUUUGUUUGGAGCAUCUUCUCGCAGCUCGUCACGGCGCUGUACCGAUGUCACUACGGCAUUAACCCGCCAGAGGUGGGAAAGUCUCUGUUCGGCCCCAUCAAAUCAACAAAGCCCGUUAUACCACCGGGCACCAUGACCAUUUUGCACAGAGAUCUCAAGCCUGAGAAUGUCUUUCUCGGAGAAGGUAACCUGGUCAAGCUUGGUGAUUUCGGUCUUGCAAAGAUGAUCCAAUCGCAAGACUUUGCAUCAACCUACGUCGGCACACCCUUCUACAUGUCACCCGAGAUCUGUGCUGCUGAGAAGUACACACUCAAGUCAGACAUAUGGUCACUGGGUUGCAUCAUCUACGAGCUCUGCACACGAGAGCCCCCUUUCAACGCCAAGACACACGUCCAGCUGGUGCAGAGGAUCAGGGAGGGCAAGAUUAGCCCGAUACCGAAGCACUACUCGCCCGAUCUGAUGGAGGUGAUUAAGGAGUGCCUCCGCGUGAACCCGGAGCGAAGGCCAGAUACGGCAACAUUGCUGAAUCUGCCACACGUCAAAAUGAUGCGCAAGGAGAAGGAGUUGGUGGACUGCAACAGGAUGCUGAAGCAAAAGCAAGAGGCCAUCCGCAAAGAGCUCAAUGCCUCGCUGCAUCGCGAGUGGGAAGUCAAAGCCCGCUUGGAAAUCGACCGCAUCCUCAAGGAGGAGAUAGCUGGACUGGAGAAGAGAUUCGAAGCAGAGGUCCAGAAGAGGAUAGAAGAAGACCGUCAGAAGAGGCCCGAGAUGGACUACCAGAAACGAUUCGAAUUGGAUUACCAAAAGAGAUUUGAGGCCGACUACCAGAAGAGAUUCGACCUCGAGUUCCCAAAGAAACUAGAAGAGGAGAUGCGGAGGAGAUAUCCGGAUACUCCCGGAUCAAAGAUGGACCUAUCGUGGUCGGUCCCCAAGCCAAAAGCCUCAAAAUCUCAGUCUUCUGUCGAGGAAGUCAGCGCAGACGGCGAUGAAUCUUCUGGACCCGAUCAACCAGACCUGUCAGGAACCAGCCCAGACUCGUCAUUCAGCAACAGCAACUACAACGAACCCAAGAGGAGGCCGAGGACGCCAUAUAAGCGAGCUCAGACCAUGUACGCCGGAGGUGGAAGAGGUGCCGGCACACCCAUGGACAUUGAAAUGGUCAGCCCAUCUCCUAUUGCUAUCGCAUCUCUCUCGCUAUCACCGAGAAGACACGCAGCAACGACCGGAUCUCCUACAAAGAACCCCUUCAGCAAGCGCAACAAUGUGCAAGGCCGCACCCUCGUGGAGCUGUCCAAGGCCAGAGCCAGCGGGCGACCACUGUUUGAUAAGAGCAACCUGAUCAGCCGGGCAGAGCCGGUCGCGACCUGGAAUCCCGAGAUCGACGAGAUGCCCAGCCCCUUUUUGGUCAGGCGAAAGGGCGUCUCGGCACCCGUCCCCGCUGGCCGUUGA